AAAAGAAAAAAAAAUGGCUCAAGAAGAGGUGAAAAGGUCACCUUCUAAAAAAUAUGUCAUGAUUCAAUCUACAAUAAAGUUAUUGAUGGUGCUAGUCUUUCUGGGUUUGAUUUUCAUUUUCAUAAUGAUGCCAACAAAUACUUUUAAGAAAAUAUGGAUUCCUCAAUUCCAAGCAAAGACUAAUUCCACCUAUUUUGGUGCACAAGGUUCAAGGAUCCUUAUGUUCACUUUUCCAGUCUUAUUAAUGGGCACUUUGGGAUGUGUCUAUCUCCACAUAGCAAAAAUCUCAAAUGAGAGCAACAUUGAAGUUUACAAUGGCAAAAAACACGAAGCAAUUAGCAUAUGGAAGAAUCCAAUGGUUGUAAAAGGGCCUCUUGGAAUUGUUUCUGGCAUAGAGAUGACAUUUUUGGUUAUGUUCAUUGCACUUCUUGUUUGGUCCUUUGGAACUCCUUUGUAUAACAACUUUGCAACUAUCACUUCAAAAUCUGCUGCACAGGAUGGCGAUAAAGUGUGGCAAGAGAAAUUGGUAGUUGUGGGAUCAAGGGCUGGUGCUGUUGGGAACAUAUGUUUGGCAUUCUUGUUUUUUCCAGUGACACGUGGCUCAUCUUUGUUGCCAUUGUUUGGACUGACUUCUGAGGGUUGUAUUAAGUAUCAUAUUUGGCUUGGACACGUGCUAAUGACACUUUUCACAUCUCAUGGCAUUUGUUACAUCAUCUAUUGGAUAUCUACUAAUCAAAUUUCACAGAUGCUGAAAUGGAACAAAGUUGGAGAAUCAAAUUUAGCUGGAGAGAUAUCUUUGCUUGCUGGCUUGUUCCUUUGGGUUGCAACCAUUCCUAAGAUUAGGAGAAAAAUGUUUGAGCUUUUUUUCUACACUCAUUACCUCUACAUUCUCUUCAUCAUCUUCUACAUCUUCCAUGUUCGUAUUUCCUUUACCUACAUGAUGCUCCCCGGUUUCUACCUCUUCUUGGUCGACCGAUACCUGAGGUUCCUCCAAUCUAGGCGCGAAGUUCGUUUGGUUUCGACUCGUAUUUUGCCAUGCGAAACCGUAGAACUCAACUUCUCUAAGGGACAUGGGUUGACUUAUAAUCCAACAAGUGUGAUGUUCAUAAAUGUACCAAGCAUAUCAAAGUUGCAAUGGCAUCCAUUUACAAUUACUUCUAAUAGUAAAUUGGAGCGAGAAACGCUAAGUGUUGUCAUCAAAAGUGAAGGAACUUGGACACAGAAGCUCUAUCAGUUGCUUUCAAGUCCUUCCCCAAUCGAUCGCCUCGGAAUAUCGGUUGAAGGUCCAUAUGGCCCUGCUUCAACCAAUUACCUAAGGCAUGAAAGUCUUGUGAUGGUGAGUGGAGGAAGUGGCAUAACACCUUUUAUCUCCAUUAUUAGAGAGCUAAUAUAUCUUAGCACCACAUUCAAAUGCAAAACACCAAACAUUGUCCUAAUUUGUUCAUUCAAGAACACUUCAUGCUUAUCAAUGCUAGAUUUGAUCCUACCAAUUUCCAACACACCAUCUGAAAUUUCCAAUCUUCAACUUCAAAUUGAGGUCUACAUCACAAGAGACAAAGAAUUUAAAUCGGAUAUUCCGAUUCAUCCAAAAACAUUAUGGUUCAAGCCAAAUCCAACUGAUGUACCAAUACACGCUAUGUUAGGUCCAAAUAGCUGGAUUUGGCUUGGUGCUAUAAUCUCGUCUUCUUUUAUCAUCUUCCUUGUCAUAAUCGGGAUCAUUACUCAAUACUACAUUUUUCCAAUCGAUCAUAACACGAAUAAAAUAUUUUCAUUUCCCUUAAGGUCUUUCCUUUUCAUGGUAGUUAUAUGUGUGUUCAUAGUUGUUGUUGCUAGUGUAGCAGUCCUUUGGAAUAAGAAAAACAAUGGUAAAGAAGCUAAACAGAUUCAGAACUUGGAAGGUUCAUCGCCAACAAUGUCACCGAAUUCGAUGAUUUACAAUGCAGAUAGAGAAUUGGAAAGCCUUCCAUACCAAUCCCUUGUUCAAGCUACCAAUGUGCAUUAUGGUGUAAGACCUGAUUUUAGAAGACUUCUAUUUGAAAUCAAAGGGUCAAGUGUAGGAGUUCUUGUUUCAGGACCUAAGAAAAUGAGGCAGGAUGUAGCAGCCAUUUGUUCAUCUGGUUUUUUUGAAAAUCUGCAUUUUGAGUCCAUAAGUUUUACCUGGUGAUUUUAUUCAUUCUAAUUCAAAGAGUGCAAAACAUUCAUGAUCAAUCUCUAUAGUAGAAGCUAGUAGUCUCAUCUAGCUUUAUUUUUAUUGGCUUGAUUCAAAAUCUAUAAAAUUUGUUUGUCAAUAAUAAUUGUGUGUAUUAAUGUCUAGCAUUUAUUAUUUGAAUGAAGUUUAGUAUCUUGGUUUCUCA